AUGGAUUCAGAAACCCCCAAUCCAGUCUCUUCCUGUCAACCACUGGACCUCCCUACCGGGCCACAGAGCACCUCUGAGAGGAGGAUAUCAGGAUCAGAACCAAGUAAAAAUGAACAGAGUUCCAGUCAAUCAGAAAGCAAUUCCAGAAAGCACACUCAAGAAUCGGCUCCAAUGGUGGAAACACCCAGGAAAAGAAGACACUCUUCCAAGGACUCCAGCCAUGUCAGAAGAGGAAACGAGGACAGCUACCACAGGAAGAAGAGACACAGGACUUCAGUAAAGAAGCCUGAGCCAAAAGCCAAGGGUCACCAAGAUGGACUAUGCCAUUGCCCAGAACCUCAGGGCACAGAGCCACCACCAAUUCGGAAGAACCUGGUGAACUUUCUGCGGGGGAAGUCUGAGGAGAUUUACAGAGACACAGUCCAGAUGCAGGCCCAGCAGCAUGGGUCCCUGCUCAGCCCCGAGCAGCUCUCUCAGCUCAGACAGCUCUCAGAGUCUCUGACUGCCAUGGUGCACACCUUCUACAGCCUGGCCAACCAGGCAGGCUUUGCCUUCCCUGCUGAGGGCUGGCUGGUCCCAGCCCUCACACCUGCCCCUCAGGAGCUGUCUGGCAAGGGAUCUCAGAGUGCUUCUGUGGAGGGAGGAGAGAAGAUUCCAGGUCCUGUCAGCUCAUCAGACAGGUCCUGAGCCAAGGCCGUGAGACCCUCCUAAGCAGAGUCACACUCUGAGAGCACAAAGGACCACUGCACCUCCCCGUCUACACAGCCUGUGGCAUUCACCCUCUCUGUGAACACGUGACAGGCUCAUCGACGAGAAGAAGAGUUUGCAGUGCUUACUGUGGAUUGUGAACUGUGUCUCACUGGGAUCUGGGAGGCGAGUGCUAAAUGCAGUCAGUCCUUGCUUUCUUUGGAUAUUUUACUCAAGUGUGUGUUGGAUUUGUAUAUUUAUAUUGUAGAGUGUGGCAAAUAAUAUUGAUUUAC